UCCCUCCGUUUUGGUUCCGGGGCAGGGGCCCCUUCCUGCGGGCAGGCGGGGCGGGGCACGCUCGGCCCCGCUCGGCUCGGCAGCCCCGGGCCAGCCGUAGCAUGUGAGCCCGCCGGGGCGGGGAUGCUCUGGCUGCUCUGCGGUCCCUCCCGCGCCAUGGAGAGCCAGGCGCUGGUGAUCCGCAUCAAGAUCCCUGACGGCGGGGCCGUCGACUGGACCGUGCACUCGGCGCCUCAGCUGCUCUUCAGGGACGUGCUGGAUGUCAUCGGUCAAGUUCUGCCAGAUGCAACGACAACAGCGUUUGAGUAUGAAGAUGAGGAUGGUGACCGGAUUACUGUUAGAAGCGAUGAAGAAAUGAAAGCCAUGCUGUCCUAUUAUUACUCCACUGUAAUGGAACAGCAAGUAAAUGGACAGUUAAUAGAGCCUCUACAGAUAUAUCCAAGAGCCUGCAAACCUCCCGGGAAACGGAACAUACAUGGCCUGAAGGUAAAUACUCGAGCAGGGGCUGCUAAUAAUAGCAGCUCGGCCGUCUCGGAUUCCCUUCCAAGCAAUAGCUUAAAAAAGUCUUCUGCAGAGCUGAAGAAAAUACUUGCAAAUGGCCAGAUGAAUGAACAAGACAUACGGUAUCGAGACAUCCUCGGUCAUGGCAAUGGAGGCACAGUCUACAAGGCAUAUCAUGUCCCUAGUGGAAAAAUACUAGCAGUAAAGGUCAUACCCUUAGAUAUAACACUGGAACUCCAGAAGCAGAUAAUGUCGGAGUUAGAAAUUCUUUACAAGUGUGACUCAUCGUAUAUCAUAGGAUUUUACGGUGCUUUUUUUGUAGAAAACAGGAUUUCCCUGUGCACAGAGUUCAUGGACGGGGGUUCUUUGGAUGUUUAUAGAAAAAUUCCAGAGCAUGUACUUGGAAGAAUAGCAGUAGCUGUUGUGAAAGGCCUUACCUAUUUAUGGAGUCUAAAGAUUCUGCACAGAGAUGUGAAGCCAUCUAAUAUGCUGGUGAACACACGAGGCCAGGUGAAGCUGUGUGACUUUGGGGUCAGCACACAGCUGGUGAAUUCUAUAGCCAAGACGUAUGUUGGAACAAAUGCUUAUAUGGCGCCUGAGCGGAUUUCAGGAGAACAGUAUGGAAUUCACUCAGAUGUUUGGAGUCUAGGGAUUUCCUUCAUGGAGCUUGCUCUUGGGAGGUUUCCAUAUCCUCAGAUUCAGAAAAACCAGGGAUCUUUAAUGCCUCUCCAGUUAUUGCAGUGCAUUGUUGAUGAGGAAUCACCCGUCCUUCCAGCCGGGGAGUUCUCUGAGCCAUUUGUACACUUCAUCACUCAAUGGGCCACCCAUUCAUCGUGCAGUACAACGAUGGGAAUGCAGAAGUCGUGUCCAUGUGGGUGUGCAGGAUGCUUGAGGAGCGGCGAUCGACCCAGGGACCACAGUGACAUCAGCUCAUCCCGGACCAGCAGCACCAGCCCCACGCUUUGGACUCACACUCUGGAUCAUGUCUCACUAAAAACAUGUUCUAGAAGCAUCAACAAGAUCUUUCAGGAUAUUUGUUGCUGCCUUUCCCUCACCACCACAUUAAGGAAUUCUCUUCCCGCAUUUCUUUUGUUGCUGAGCAAUUUCAUGUCCUCAAAUUAUCUUCAGUUAAACUGUACACAGCCUUAAAGCAAGUAUUUUAUAUCUAUAUUUUUUUUGUUAUUGAAUGUAUUGUAUAUUUCCUGG